AUGGACUCACCGUGUGACUCUGCAUCAACAAUUCCAUCAUCAUCGUCAUCUACAAUUUCAUCGCCGCCUUAUUCACCAAUUCGAGAUAAUGAAAAUAAUGAUGAGGAUAAAGAUAAUGAAAUACCAAAUCUACGAAUUCCAAGCCAGAAUUGGAAUUUGUACAUUAGAGAACCACGGACUUGGAAGGAACGCCUCGAUCAAGAACUGGCCGGAAUUCUAUCCGCACAACCAACUGACAAAGAAGUCAAAUCAACAAUUGUCAGUUGUCCCGCAUGCGGUGAGUGGAAAGGUGUUUCGAAGUUCGCAAGUCAUCUUGCACGAUGUUUCACUGAAAGUCAAGGUGAAUCGUCACAAAAGCCAGUCUCGGGUGUGCGACCUCGUCGUUCGUCGUCGUCAAGAUCUACCAAAACCUCAAAAAAUUAG